CCUUCUGGUGCUGGAGCUCAGAGACACAAGACACAUAGAACUACAAACCUCAAACAUUCACAAUGUCUCUCACGGUGGCAGAUUUGACGCGCGGAGCCAUGACUGAGUUUCAGGAGAAGCUUCGGCAGCAGCAUGAGGAGUCGAUGCACCGCGAGUUGGAGACACUGUUAUCCAGCGCUGACCUCAAAGAACAGGAGAUUUCAAGGAAGGACUUUGAUGGCUUUAAGAAGUUGUUCCACCGGUUCCUUCAGGUCAAAGGUCCGGCGAUCGACUGGGCCAAGAUCAGCCGACCUCCAGAGGACUCGAUACAGCCGUACGAGCGUAUCCGUGCUAAGGGCCUCCCUGGAGACAUCGCAGCCGCUCUGAACAAGCUGGUGGUGGUGAAGCUGAACGGAGGUCUGGGCACCAGCAUGGGCUGUAAGGGCCCCAAGAGCCUAAUCAGUGUGCGCAGCGAGAACACCUUUCUGGACCUAACUGUGCAGCAGAUAGAGCACUUGAAUAAGACGUACAACGCAGACGUGCCUCUGGUGCUCAUGAACUCCUUCAACACUGACGAAGACACAAAGAAAAUCCUGCAGAAGUAUUCUCACCACCGAGUCAAGAUCCACACAUUCAACCAGAGCCGAUAUCCACGCAUCAAUAAAGAGUCCCUGCUGCCGAUCGCUAAGAGCAUGGGCCCUGAUGGGGACAGUGAGGCUUGGUAUCCUCCGGGUCAUGGUGAUAUCUACGCUAGCUUCUCAAACUCCGGUCUCCUGGACAAACUCCUGUCCGAGGGAAAGGAGUACAUCUUUGUGUCCAACAUCGAUAAUUUAGGAGCCACCGUGGAUCUGUACAUUCUGCAGCACCUGAUGAGCCAACCCCAGGACAAACGCUGCGAGUUCAUCAUGGAAGUCACGGACAAGACCAGAGCCGACGUCAAGGGCGGGACACUGAUCGAAUAUGAGGAGCGUUUACGUCUUUUGGAGAUCGCUCAGGUCCCAAAGGCUCACGUCGAUGAGUUCAAAUCUGUGACCAAGUUUAAGAUCUUCAACACUAAUAACCUCUGGAUCUCCCUCCCAGCCAUAAAGAGAGUGUACGAGGCCAAUGCUCUGGACCUGGAGAUCAUAGUCAACCCCAAGACUCUGGACGGCGGCCUGAACGUGAUCCAACUGGAGACUGCGGUGGGCGCGGCCAUAAAGAGCUUUAAAAACGCGCUGGGAGUGAAUGUCCCGCGGAGCCGCUUCCUCCCAGUGAAGACGACCUCUGACCUCCUCCUCGUCAUGUCUAACCUGUACAGUCUGGAGGCGGGCUCGCUCACCAUGAGUCAGAGGAGAGAGUUCAAAACCACGCCACACGUGAAACUGGGCAGCUCCUUCACCAAGGUUCAGGAGUAUCUGAAGAGGUUUGACAACAUCCCCGACAUGUUGGAGCUGGAUCACCUCACUGUGUCCGGAGACGUCACCUUCGGGAAAAACGUGUCACUCAAGGGGACGGUGAUUAUUAUUGCGAAUCACGGCGAUCGGAUCGAUAUUCCCGCUGGAGCUAUGCUGGAAAACAAGAUUGUGUCUGGAAACCUCAGGAUCCUGGACCACUGAGGCAUUCUGGGAAAUCACUACAAACUGUGAACUUCCAACCAGUCAAACAAUGACAUUUCAACUAUUCAAUAUGCAACUGCUGUUACAGUCUGUGUAAAAGGUCAAACUGUGUCCUGUUCAUGCUUAUGUCUGUGGAUCUGUGGUUUUCAGAAUAAACAAUUCACCCCAUUGUCAGAAUUAUAAUACUCUGCCAGAAUUGCGUUACUUGCCUCUCCACAGAUCUGACCUGCAACUUGGUCUGUUGGUCUCACCUGCUUGUCUCCAUGGAGAAAGAUUAAAAGAAUAGGGGACUGUUAAACUCAUACAAAAUAUGAAAAGUAUUUAAUUGUAGAAUAAUAUAUAAAUACAUGACUGAUUUUAUUUUAUGAAAUCCUCCCAUUCGGCGCAGAAGGGAUUGUAUUCUAUUUGUACAAUGUUUGUACAUUGUGAAGUGGUCUCAUUAGAUUCAUGUUAUUUUCAGACCAAAAGAACCUGAAUGUUUCCUGUUGGUAAAAAUCUGUAAAACUAUGCAUUACUGAGGAGGCCUGAGCUGCUGCUGUGAGCCAUUGUUUUGUCAAUAAAACACUGUGGCAAAUCCAA